AUGGCCACUGCUAAUUUGUACUGCUGCAAACUGCAAUCGCAAGAACUGGCACUGACCAACUAUGGAUUCAUCAACGCGAGUUUGUACAACAGCUUGAAGAGGAGCUCCAAGAGCAGCGAGUUGUACGCAGAAGUAGCGAACACAGUUUUGAUACUAAAGGGGGAUGGGAAUAUCGGGAAAGACGAAAUAGCGUUGAACACUUGCCAAAGAGAAUUUUCAAGGAUCCAACUCAAGGAAUGUGUACAGUUGAAUGUCCUGGAUAGAGAAAGCAAAAGAGAUCUAAUCCAUUUCAUCCCUAUUGAUAGCAUCGAUGUGGAGGUUACUCUAUUUGUGAAACCUGAUCGGUUGAUCGAAAUGGAUGACAAUGUUUUGGAUGAAGUUUUUAAAAAGUACUUUAUUAACCAUGUGCUGACGAAAGGGCAAAUAUUAGCCCUAAAAUGUAAUGACAUUUUGAUGAAGUGCGUUAUAAAAGAUUUGAAGGCAGCACAGUUUGAGGAAAUGAAGAGGCUAAACAAAGGAAGUUUUGGAAACGGUAACGAUGCUGUACGCAGCGCAAGCUCCUUCUUCAAGUUAGGGAAUAGCACCCCGAUGAGUAGUAGCAGUAUGUAUAGAGAAUCAGGAACACAGGAGAGGGGUAUUCUAUUCGAAAAGACAGAAUGUAUAUUCACUAGCAUGAGUGAUGGAAAGUUAUUUAUUGAAUCUAGGAAGGUGUUAAAAAAGAAUAUCAUAAAGAGCAAUUUCAAUUUUGAGGAGCUAGGGAUAGGAGCACUUGAUGAAGAAUUUAAAACCAUAUUUAGACGAACCUUUGCUAGUAGAAUUUACCCGAACUAUAUAAUUAAGCAGUUAGGAAUUAAGCAUGUUAAAGGACUCAUUUUGUAUGGGCCUCCGGGUACAGGGAAAACAUUAAUAGCUAGGCAGAUUGGUAAGACUCUGAAUGCGAGGGAACCCAAAAUUAUUAAUGGUCCAGAAAUAUUAAAUAAAUAUGUUGGACAGUCUGAGGAGAACAUUAGGAACUUAUUUAAAGAGGCAGAGAUGGAAUAUAAGCAGAGCGGAGAAAAUUCACAACUACAUAUUAUCAUUUUAGAUGAGAUUGAUGCUAUUUGUCGACAGAGAGGUAGUUCUGCUUCAAGUGGGACUGGUGUGAACGACAGCAUUGUUAAUCAGUUGCUAUCGAAAAUUGAUGGUGUAAAUAGCUUGAAUAAUAUACUGCUGAUCGGGAUGACCAACCGAAUUGACUUAAUAGAUGAUGCUCUGUUGAGACCAGGGAGAUUCGAAUUGCACAUAGAAAUUUCUCUACCCAAUAAGGAGGGAAGGAUACAAAUUUUGAACAUUCACACCAAGAGCAUGAGGAAGAGCAAUAAGCUAAGUGCAGAUGUGAACAUCGUGGAGUUGGCUGAAAAGACGCCAAACUUUUCUGGUGCAGAAAUUGAAGGCCUAGUGAGAAAUACUGUAUCCUAUGCUUUUGAGAGGCAUAUCAAUUUUAACGACUUAACGAAACCUAUCAACGCGGAUGAUAUAAUGAUAACAAAGGAUGAUUUUAAUAAGGCAUUGAAAGAGACCAAGCCAGCGUUUGGGGCGGAAGAAGAUGUCAUUGAUGGGUUACUCUCUAAUGGGAUUAUCAAUUAUGGGGAGGAGUAUGAAAAUAUAGAGAAUACAUGUAAGUUGGUAAUUAAACAAAUUGUCGAAAAUUCGAAUACAAAUUUGUUAAGUGUACUCCUUUAUGGAGAAAACGGGACAGGUAAAACUACCAUUGCAGCGUACCUUGCUAAGAGCGCUAAUUUUCAUUUCACAAAAUUUAUCACGCCAGAAAAUUUAAUUGGAUACUCUGAAAUUAGCAGGAUAAAUUACAUAAAUAAAAUUUUCGAAGAUGCCUAUAAAACUCCCCUUUCACUAGUCAUUUUAGAUAACAUAGAGAGGCUUAUCGAUUACACACGCAUUGGGCCUCGAUUUAGCAACCCAGUCCUUCAAGCAAUAAUGGUUUUAAUAAAAAAGAAGCCCAAAAAGGAAAACCAGAAAAUCUUAAUCAUAUGUACCACGUCAGAGUAUCAAUUUAUGAAGGAUGUUGGGUUGAUUAAAAACUUUUUUGUAAAUAUAGAAGUGCCCUUGUUAAAUAGUUCCACCUCCAUUAGGAACGUUUUGCGCAACCGGAACGACAGUUGUCACGAUUUCCCUGAACGGGAGAUAGAGCAAGUACUCUCAGCAAGUGUGAUCAAAAAUAUUGCCAUUAAGAACUUACUGAUGGUCAUUGACAUGGCGUCUGAGGCGUCUAUCGAUGGGAACAUCACAAGCGAAGUUUUCUUGAAAACGUUUAACGACUGCGGGAUUGGUUUCGACGAGGAGGCGUACUAUUGA